ACUGACCAGCAGACGGCGCCUCCGUCCGGCCCAACAACAAACAGCGCAGAGAGGAGAGAGGCACUUUCACACUAUUUCCUCUUUUUAUUUUAUUUAUCUUCUGUAUAGCGGAGUGUUUCUGAUGGUAAAACUCGGUCCUCCGGCCCCGAUCAGAUCCCGGACUGCAGAGCUCGGCCGCUGAUCUGAGCUGUGACUCUCUGAGCGCUGGGGCUGAUCUUUAAUAUCGGCGAGCGGGUGUCUGAUCCAGUUUGGCCCUCCUGUGGCAGGGGGCACUUUUACACACUCACAAGGAAACAGAAAAUGUUAAAGAAAUGAUCGCAGCUCAGGAAUUACAGUCAGACUUCCACUUCCCUCAUGAAGCAGAUACCCAACUGUCCUCAGAUACAGACUUGGAAGAUCUUGAGGGGAGACAUGUCAAACUUGGGAAAGGAAAGGGGAAAAAGGCCCCAGGUGAAAAGGGUAAGGGUGUGCCAGUGCGCGCACAAGGCAGAGUGAAUGGCCACCACCAAGAGAAUGGCAUGGAGAACCUCAGCCUUUUCGAGAUUGUUAAACUGGGGAAAAGUGCAACACAGUCUGUGGUGGAUGACUGGAUUGAGGCAUAUAAGAACGAUCGCGAUGUUGCUUUGCUGGAACUCAUUAACUUCUUCAUACAGUGCUCAGGGUGUAAAGGUGCUGUGAGUUCGGAGAUGUUCAGACACAUGCAGAACUCUGAGAUAAUCCGAAAGAUGACUGAAGAAUUUGAUGAGGACAGUGGAGAUUACCCCCUGACAAUGUCCGGGCCUGUGUGGAAGAAGUUUCGGUGGGGUUUCUGUGAGUUUAUCUCAGUUUUGGUGCGACAGUGCCAGUACAGCAUCAUCUACGAUGAGUACAUGAUGGACACGGUCAUCUCCCUGCUGACCGGUCUGUCUGACUCGCAGGUCCGAGCUUUCAGACACACCAGUACACUCGCAGCUAUGAAGCUGAUGACGGCACUGGUAAACGUGGCCCUGAAUCUGAGCAUUAAUAUGGAUAACACUCAGAGACAGUACGAAGCUGAACGCAACAAGAGCCUCGGAAAAAGAGCUAACGAUCGCCUGGAGCUUCUGCUGCAGAAACGGAAAGAGCUCCAGGAAAACCAGGAUGAGAUUGAGAACAUGAUGAAUGCCAUCUUUAAAGGAGUGUUUGUUCACAGAUACAGGGAUGCGAUUGCAGAGAUCAGGGCGAUCUGUAUCGAGGAAAUUGGGGUUUGGAUGAAGAUGUACAGUGAUGCUUUCCUAAAUGACAGCUACCUGAAGUAUGUGGGCUGGACCAUGCAUGAUAAGCAGGGGGAGGUGAGGUUAAAGUGUCUAACGGCUCUGCAGGGUUUGUAUUACAACCGUGAACUCAACGCCAGACUGGAGCUCUUCACUAGUCGCUUCAAGGACCGGAUCGUGUCCAUGGCGCUGGAUAAAGAGUGUGAUGUUGCUGUUCAGGCGAUUAAGCUCCUCACACUCGUCCUGCAGAGCAGCGAUGAGGUUCUGACGGCUGAAGACUGCGAGAGUGUUUAUCACCUGGUUUACUCCGCCCACAGACCCAUCGCUGUGGCAGCGGGGGAGUUCCUCUACAAAAAGUUGUUUAGCCACCGCGGUCCAGAGGAGGAGUCGCUACCACGGCGAGGCCGCCAGUGUCUCAACGCAAACCUCAUCAAAACCACUGUCUUCUUCUUCCUGGAGAGUGAGCUGCACGAACAUGGGGCAUAUCUAGUGGACAGUAUGUGGGAGUGUGCAUCUGACCUGCUGAAGGACUGGGAGAGUAUGAUCAGCCUCCUUUUAGAUGAACCCUUUCCUGGUGAAGAAGCUCUUACAGACAGGCAGGAGACUGCACUGGUUGAAAUCAUGCUGUGUGCGGUCAGACAGUCCUGUGAGUGCCACCCUCCAGUCGGUCGCGGCACGGGCAAGAGGGUCAUGACGGCCAAGGAAAAAAAAACACAGCUGGACGAUCGUACCAAAAUCACGGAGAUCUUUGCUGUGGCUCUCCCGCUGUUACUGACUAAAUACUCUGUGGAUUCUGAGAAGGUUACUAAUCUGCUGCAGUUACCGCAGUACUUUGAUCUGGAGAUCUACACUACUGGCAGACUAGAGAAGCACUUGGAGGCCUUGUUGCGUCAGAUUCGAGAGGUGGUGGAGAAGCAUACAGAUACAGACGUGCUGGAGGCGUGCUCCAUGACCUUCCAUGCACUGUGCAACGAAGAGUUUACCAUCUUCAACCGUGUCGACAUCGCACGCAGUCAGUUACUGGACGAGCAAGUGGACAAGUUCAACCGCCUGCUCGAGGACUUCCUGCAGGAGGGGGAGGAGCCUGAUGAAGAUGAUGCUUAUCAGGUUUUGUCGACACUUAAGAGAAUCACAGCCUUCCACAAUGCCCACGACCUCACUAAGUGGGAUUUGUUCACCAGCAACUACAGACUGCUGAAUACCGGCCUUCAAAACGGGGACAUGCCGGAACAGAUUGUGAUCCAUGCUUUGCAGUGCACUCAUUACGUCAUUCUUUGGAACCUUGCUAAAGUUUCGGAGGGCAGCUCUACAAAGGCUGACAUGGUGACUUUAAGGAAACAGAUGCGAGCGUUCUGUCUGAUGUGUCAGAGAUACUUGAGCAGCGUCAGCAUAGCAGUUAAAGAACAGGCAUUCACCAUCCUAUGCGAUGCUCUGAUGAUCUUUAGUCAUCAGAUCGUGUCGUCGGGUAGAGAAGCUCUGGAGCCGCUGGUGUUUAGUCCGGACUCCUCACUGCAGAGCGACCUUCUCAACUUCAUCCUCGACCAUGUCUUCAUCGAUCAGGAUGAUGAUGGCAGCACCGAUGGGCAGCAGGAUGAUGAAGCUGGUAAGAUUGAAGCUUUACACAAACGCAGGAACCUGCUGGCAGCCUACUGCAAACUCAUCGUCUUCAACGUGGUGGAUAUGAGCACGGGAGCAGAUAUCUUCAAACAAUACAUGAGAUACUACAAUGACUAUGGUGACAUUAUAAAGGAAACAAUGAGCAAAACACGGCAGAUUGACAAGAUCCAGUGUGCAAAAACCCUCAUCCUCAGCUUACAGCAGCUGUUUAAUGAGAUGCUCAGUGAGUUGGGCUGUAAUUUCGAUCGCUCUUCCUCGUUGUUCUGUGGUAUUAAAGAACUUGCUCGGAGAUUCUCGCUCACGUUUGGCCUGGAUCAGUUGAAGACCAGAGAGGCCAUUGCCAUGUUACAUAAGGACGGUAUAGAGUUUGCUUUUAAAGAGCCCAGUCCACAGGGGGAAGGCGGACCCCCUCUAAACCUUGCCUUCCUCGACGUCCUGAGUGAGUUUUCCUCUAAACUGCUGCGACAGGACAGGAAGACUGUGCACAUGUAUCUGGAGCGAUUCAUGACGUUUCAGAUGUCCCUGCAGAGGGAGGAGUGCUGGCUGCCACUCAUCUCUUACAGGAACUCAUUGCAGGCUGGAGCUGACGAUGACACCAUGUCUGUAAUCAGUGGGGUCAGCAGCAGGGGGUCUUCUCGCAGCAAAAAGCCCAAAGUCACCCCCAUACCUGCCAAGAGGAAACUGCCUGAGGAAGACAGUAGCUGUAGCAGUGAUGCAGGUGUGUGGAUGGCACGUGAGCAGAGUGUACAGCAAACACCUGUUAUGAUGACGUCGCCCCACAUGACCUCCACUGUGCUGCGGGAGGCUAAGAAGCUCCGCCCAGACGAGGGAUACGUGGGAGUUUACACCAUGAGCAACGAACCGCAGCACACGCCGCUCCCGCAAACACACCAGGCCAUCGACUACAAUACGCAUGUAGCAUGGAUGCUGGCGCAGAGGCAGCAGCAAGAGAGAGCCAAUAUCCAGAACGCCAAGAUGAGAAGUCACAUGCAGCACGCCAUUCGGCGGAGCACAGGGCUGAUGGAGGAUGACGAGGAGCCGAUUGUGGAGGACGUAAUGAUGUCAUCAGAGCAGCGUCUGGAAGACCUCAACGAGGGCAUGGACUUUGAUACCAUGGACAUCGACCUGCCUCCAUCCAAAAACCGCAGAGAGAGAUCUGAACUCAAACCUGAUUACUUCGACCCUGCCUCCAUCAUGGAUGACUCAGUGCUGAAUGUGUCUAUGUUCUGAUCGAGCGAGCACUGAAUGGAACGAGAAAGAGAGAGAGAGAGACACUGGAGCAGACUCACACAUUUUGCUCUCUUCCUGCACACACACUUCCUGUUCCUCCAGCUGCGGAGUCUGCUGCACUCCCUCCUUUAACUCUUCAGUUUGUGAUGGCGCGAGUCUAAAUCUGCAACGUGGCGCCCCCCGCAGGAGACCCCGCGUUAAAUGUGAAACCUCUCUCCCUCCCAGCACCGGCGGCAGUGAGGCUGGAGUCGGGCUGGGACUGUGCGCUCUUUUCUAAAGGCAGUGUAGAAAUAACGGCUUUUUUUGUUUUUGUAACUUAUAGAAGAGUUUUUGAUUUGUAGGUUAUUUUAUAAAGACAAUCAGCUGUAAAUCAGAACUUUAUAAAAGUGUAACUACUCGAAAUGAGUAUUUAAAUCAACAUUUCUAAAGGAGAUUUCCUGUGUGGGACAUGGGUUUAGUGGCUUACAGUGUUCUUUUUUUUUUUUCUUUCGUUUUCCUCUUUGUGAGCCUUUCCGGAGCUCCAGCUUCCUUAAUGUACAAAGAGUUCCUUCAGUUUCUUCACUCCAGGAGAGAUGUUGAUUGGGCCAUAGUGGGAGUUCUCUGUGUCUCUAAUGGUUCUUUAAGUCCUGUAGCAGCAGCAGCUUAUCAGAAGCAUUAAAGGGGAAUAUCAUCCCAGUCUGUAACAACUCUCUGCAUAAUUCAGUGUUUUAGAUGAAGUCAUUCAGAGUGAUGGUUUGGUGGGAAACUGUGGUUCAUUGUAGAGAAACUUGCUUUACAGUGGUGAUUUCUUUUCAGGUGUGUUGAUGGGACCAGUGGUCAUCAUGAGUACAACACACAUACAGCCAUUUUUCUUUUUACAUUGUGUCAAGAUUUUCAUAAAACACGUUAUCAUAUUUUAUCAAUUUUAUUUGAUUAUGUAUUUUACAACUUCAUAAUUAUAAACAAUAAAUCAUUUUAACAUUUUUCCAAUCAGUUAAAUCUGUGCAAUGGAGAAAAAAAUGGAUAAAGAAAGUACUAAAAGUACUAUGAUGCGAAUUCUAGAAACUAACCUAUUCCAGAUGUGGGUGUUACAUUACAAGUUAACUGUGUUCCAACAUCUAGAAAAUUGUACAUUAUUUCAAAAGACUAUUUUUGAAAAAGAAAAAAAAAACGUAACGUAAAGACUUUGGUUUAACAAAUUAUUUACCAGUGUUUCGAUGAUCACUUUAGUCAAAAUAUGUCACACUUAUUUCAUACCCAUAUAUUAAUUUUUAGCAAUGUUGCAGGCUAGCAUUGUUAGUGAUACCAGUUAAUUCAGUUCUUGGAUUCUGAAUUUUGGGUCGGUGAGGCUCUCUGAGUCAGAAAUUCGACUUGGUUGGGCAAAUUGAACUCAGCAUUACCUUCUUAACUCCUAUAGUCUAAGACAAGUGUGAUGCUAUGUGAAAUGUAGAAUAUAUUUAAUAGCAUUUUAGUGAGAAUAUCCGUUAAGUGAAGAUAUAUUUUUUUUUUUGUCACGUCAUUUAUCUUUACGUUCUUCUUAAGCAAGAACUUCGAAGAACAUUUCUUUCUCAAGACAUAUAUAUAUUUUAAUCCGGCCUCUGAUUCUAUUCACCACCACUGUGAGCAAUUCCUAAAACUGAGCAUUUUACACCAAACCCACUGUAAAUGACUGAUCACAUCUUAACUGGUUAAUUAUGCUGUUAGAAUUUACCAAAUAGCCCUGCCGCAGUGCUCGCUCAGGAUAGGUCAGAUCGCAGUGAGAGCGUUCGUUGUUUUUAUUGUUUUACUGCCUGAAUGGAAAAACUCCCAGAAAGUUUCGUACAGAUGGACUUCUCUAUACUCCAGUUUAAAGAUUGCAAUUAGUUAUAUUAGGUAUAAUAUAUUGUUAUAUAUCUUUUUAAAUAUAUAAUUAUAUAUUAUAUAUUCUACACAGAAAAUGCGUGUAAAUGUGAAUUGGUGCUGAUUUUUGUAUUUAAGUUGGAUUUUUUUUUUUAUUUUGUUUUAUUUUAUUUUAUUUUUUCCCCUCACCGUAGCCGCAGGUCCACUAGAAUGUAAGAUUUCAGACAGACUGCAGCAACAGCAACGGAUUAAAUUCUUUUGUUUUUCUUUUGCUGAUUUCUUAACUUUUACCUGAACUUUUUUUCCCCGUGUGUUGAUGUUUUUGUUUAACCUGACCUCUUUCCUUUUGCUUUUCUGUUUUCUUUUUCUUUUUUAGGGUCUGUGUUUUUGGGCUAAAAUCAUGGAUAUGUUAAUGGUGAUGGAUAAGUGUAAUCAAUGGUGAGGGUUGUUGAGGCAACUGUGAGAUUUCUGCAAAGCAUUCUGGAUUUUAAUUGAAUAUUUAUGAGUUUGGUUCCCCCUCUUUCUUUUUUUUGUGUCACAAAUUAAUUUCAACUCCCCUCUCUUAAUCUGUGUUGAACUGCUGAACGAGUGUGAGUGAGUGUGUGUCUAUGUGUAAAAUAUGAUAUUGGACUGUAUAUAAAUCCAAGUGUUUUUUAUUCUAUUUACAAAAAGAAAAUGUCCACUGUUCCAUUUCCUGUUUGUAUUUAUGUCAGAGACAAAAAAACCUUUUGGAACAAAAUAAACCCUCAGCUGUGAUUUUA